AAAUAAAUAUGACGGCUGAUGCAAUGGACCAAACAAGUGAGGCAUCCCCUCCGGUCUCUAUGUUCAUGUCAAUCGUACAGGAAAUAUUCUACAGUCCCAUGAAUCUCGCAUUAGUGGCCAUCAUUGCUUUCUUAGUUUACAAAAUAAUAAAGGACCGCAUAGAAGUACCAAGUGUGGGAUCGCAGAAACCUCCCGAACCAGAAUUGCCAAAACUGCGUCGUGACUUUACUGUUGCUGAGCUGAGACAGUACGACGGCACUGGUCCAGAUGGCAGAGUUCUGAUUGCUGUCAAUGGAAAUGUUUUCGACGUGACCAGAGGCAAACGAUUUUACGGACCAGGCGGUCCUUAUGCAUCAUUUGCAGGUCGGGAUGCCUCUCGCAAUCUUGCUACGUUUAGUGUAGCUACAAAUGAUAAGGAUGAAUACGAUGAUUUGAGUGAUCUAACAGCUAUGGAGAUGGAUUCCGUACUGGAAUGGGAGAUGCAAUUUAAGGAAAAGUAUGAUCUUGUUGGAAAGUUGCUGCGUAAAGGAGAGCAGCCAACCAAUUACGAAGAUGAAGAAGAGGACACGGAUAAGGAUUCUAAAGCUAACGAUGUUGCUGCAGCCUCGAAUGAGAGUAAGGAUAACGCUACACCCGUAGCAGGCGACGAAACAAUUAGAAAACGCAACACUACCUCAACUACAGAGGAAGUAAAAUAA